AUGAUCAUUACUGGUGAUGAUUUGGUGGGAAUUCAGGAGCUCAAAAAGUUUCUCAAUCGUCAGUUUGAGAUGAAGGAUCUUAGACCUCUCAGUUAUUUUCUUGGUCUUGAGAUAACUACAUCUACAGAUGGUUACUAUCUUACUCAGGCAAAAUAUAUAUCCGAUCUUAUCUCAAAAUCAGGUCUCACUGACAGCAAGAUUGUUGAUACCCCCCUUGUGUGCAAUACAAGACUUAAUCUACAUGAUAGAGAAUCUCUUCGAGAUGGUAUUUUGUAUCGCCAAUUGGUAGGUAGUUUGGUUUAUCUCACUGUCACUUGUCCCGACGUCUCUUAUGCCGUCCACAUCGUUAACUGGGCAGGAGAUCCUACAGAUCGUCAUUCCACCACAGGCUAUUGUUUCUUUCUUAGUGAUUCACUUAUUUCUUGGCGCAGCAAGAAACAGACUGUGGUUGUACGAUAUAGCACAGAAGCUGAAUACAGGGCAUUUGCUGAUACUACUUCUGAGCUUCUGUAG